AUGAGAACUCACACUGGAGAGAAGCCUUUUGAAUGUCAGGAGUGUGGGAAAGCCUUCGGCCGGGCCUCUUGCCUCACGACGCACAUGAGAACUCACACUGGAGCGAGGCCCUAUGAUUGUAAGGAAUGUGGGAAAGCCUUCAGGCAGCUCUCGGCCCUCACUACACAUAUAAGGACUCACAGUGGAGAGCGGCCCUACGAGUGUCAGGAGUGUGGGAAAUGCUUCAGUCUGCCUUCCCACCUCAGUCGGCAUUCAAGUUCUCACAGUGGAGACAGACCUUAUGAAUGUAAGGAAUGUGGGAAAGCCUUUAACGAUUCUUCAGCCCUCACUACACACAUAAGAACUCACAGUGGAGAGAAGCCUUAUGAAUGUAAGGAGUGUGGGAAGGCCUUUAGUCAGGCCUCACACUUAUCUAGACAUCUAAGUUCUCACUCUGGGGAGAGACCUUAUGAAUGUAAGGAAUGUGGGAAAGCCUUCAGGUGUUCCUCAAACCUUACUAAACAUUUAAGGACUCACAGUGGAGAGAAGCCUUAUGUCUGUAAGGAGUGUGGAAAAGCCUUUAGUCAUGCCUCCUCACUCACUGAGCAUUCAAGAAUUCACAGUGGAGAGAAGCCUUAUGAAUGUAAGGAGUGUGGGAAGGCCUUCAGUUACGCCUCCUCCCUCAUUACACACAUGAGAAUUCACAGUGGAGAGAAGCCUUAUGAAUGUAAGGAAUGUGGGAAGACUUUUAGUCAGGCCUCACACUUGUCCAGACAUGCAAGUUCUCACAGUGGAGAGAGACCUUAUGAAUGUAAGGAGUGCGGGAAGGCCUUCAGGUAUUCCUCAAACCUGACUACACACAUAAGAAUUCACAGUGGAGAGAGGCCUUAUAAAUGUAACGAGUGUGGGAAGGCCUUCACCCACGCCUCCUCACUCACUGAGCACAUAAAGACUCACACUGGAGAGAGGCCUUAUGAAUGUGCAGCCCUGAUGUACUCACGUGGCUGUGGCAAGAAACUGGAGGAGGAGGAGGAGGAGGAGGCUGCAUAA